AUGGUCGCCGCUACCACGCAUAUCGAGCGGGAUGUCCACGGUAUUGAUCUCAGCGCUAUUCAGCCAGAAUGGGCUCCCCCCAAUGUCAAGUUCGAGAUUGACGACGUCGAGAGCCCUUGGGUUGACAGGACGUAUGACUUCAUCAACUGCCACUGGAUGAUGGGUUCCAUCCAAGAUUGGCCAAAGCUGAUCAGCAACUGUUACAAGAACUUGAACCCAGGAGGCUGGGCAGAAUUCCUCGAAAUGGGUGGGGAGUACAGUUCAGACGACGGAAGCUUCACCCACGACCACGCCACGUACAAGUGGAUCAAAACUCUUUUCGACGGCAUUGCGUCGACAGGUCGUGAUAGCCGUCCCGGUACCAAGCUGAAAGGUUGGGUCGAGAAUGCAGGAUUUGAGAACAUAACCUACAAGAAGGUCAAAGUGCCGCUUGGUGUGUGGCCAAAGGACCCCUAUUACAAGGAAAUGGGUUUCUUGAACUUGAUAAACCUCUUGGACGGCCUGGAGGCCUUCACCUUGAGAAUAUUUUGCGGCGUACUUGGGUUUACCAAGGAGGAAACGAUGCUGCAACUCGCCGAGGUCCGGAAGGAGCUGAAAGACAAACGCAGCUUCAAUGCGUACUACGAGGUGUAA